AUGGCAUUGUACAAAUAUUGGCAAGAGCUGAAUGUGUGUGAGUGAUGUGAGCCGUCGGUGAUGAAGUCGCAGUGAGAAAACACCAUUUUGAUGUGCGAAACAGUUUUUGAGGGACUUUUUGACCCAAUUAACAGUGUCUAUUUGCCCAGAAAUUGUGCUAAAUUGUCUAGUGUUGAGUGAACGAGACGACAAAUCGCGAAAUGCGAGAAUCGUCCAACGAGGUGAGCGCUCAGGUGUGGAGCGAGUGGAUCUUGGAGGCGAUCCGGAAGAUACGUUUCCAGAAGCAACGGCCAAGUAUUCAGCGAAUAUGUCAGGCUAUUGGGGCACAUCACAAGUUCCACGAGGACAUUGUGGCGGUGAAACUGGAGGAGGCCGUCGAGGCGGGUUCGGUGAUUAAGGUGUACAACAAAGGAUUGCACUCCUACAAGGCACCAAUGGCCAGGAGAUGUGUUUCUGUCAAUAAUACCACAGAUCUCUCGAGACUUGUGGCGAAAGCCGUAAAGGAAUUGGGAGAAUGUGAUGGUUCUACGAUAAAGUCCAUUGAGAAUUAUGUGCAAAAGUCCAAUAAUAUUCAAUUGGCACCUGAUGCAGAUCUUAAGGAUGUGAUCAGGAAUUCAGUGAAAACAGCAGUGACCAAUGGGUUGCUGAUCAAUGAGGGCAAGUUGUACAAGGUGGGAAAGGUGAAGGUGACGCCGAAGAAGAAGGCAGUGGGAACACCGAGAAAGAAGGCAACACCUGCUACUCCAACAACUGCACCGGUUCCGGAUGCUAAGACGCCAACAUCGGCCUCCACAAAGUCUGGUCUGGGAGCAGUUUGUGCAGAGUGCUUAGGAACUGAGCUCAAGGGACCCCGCGGGAUCCCUGAGAUCCUUAGUUCAUGCGGAGCCUGUGGCAUGGCGAUGCACACAACUUGCGCGAAUUUGACGAGUCGAAAGGGAGCGCCACAUGUUGAGCUGUCAGCUCUGGUGGCCAAAGGGAGUGAGUGGUACUGCGAAGAGUGCAGAUCCUGCGAAGGAUGCAACUCCAGCACUGCCGAGAACGGUCCGUGCCUGCUUGGCUGCUUUGCGUGCCAUAAGAAUUAUCAUUUUAGCUGUUUGGAUCCAGUGCCUGUCAAGAAAAUCAAAUGUCCAUGGAGAUGUCGCCAUUGUUUAGAUCAUCACGAGAAGAAGUCUUUUUCUUCGAUUAAGGCGGAGGAGAAGAGAAGUCCAGAGAGGAAAGUAGCAGCUGGAAGGGAAAAGAAAGUAGCUGAAAGCAAGAAGAGAAGAGUAUCCCCGGAAAAGCCAUCAACAUCCGCCGCCGCUGCCGCUGCCGCCGCCAGUGUGACGCCAACAUCAUCAGUGUCAUCGACAAAGCGUCCGCGAGUACCGCCAAUUGUGGCAAUGACAACAACGGAAGAUUCUGAUGAUGAUGAUGAUUCCGAUGGUGGUGGUCAUCCGGGUAAAAUGAGUGUUGUUCAACAGCAAAAAAUUAAGAGUGUCAGUCAACCGAAGGCAUCAUCAGUAUCUAGUUUAAAAAAUAUUGUCGAUUGUAAUCGUGCUGCAUCAGUGCUGGGUACAGCAGCAAAUCAGCAGCAACAAUUAGGGAAAUCAGACCGUAUUUCGAAAGAGAAGCAGAAAUUUUUUCGUCUUCAUGCUAUCAAUAGUGAUCGCGGUGGUGGUGCUAAAAUAUCACCCAUCUUUCACAAUAGAUUGGGUGGUGAUGGUGGUGAGUGCGAGAGUGUUGUGAAAAGGGAGGGAGUUAGACAGAAGGUUGGACAGCAGCAACAGCAGCAACAGCAACAGCAGCAUCAGCAGCAUAGGAAGAGGCAGGAACAGUUGUCGGAUACAACAACUUCUUGUUCUAGUAGCGAUGAUGAUGAUGAUGAUGAUGAUGAUACAUCAUCAUCAGGAAGCUACAGUACGAGUGAUUCAGGUUCAGGUUCAACAUCAUCAAAUACAUCAUCAUCAGAUGAUGAUGAUGAUGACGAUGAUGAAGAAUUUGAAAGUGUAAAGGCAAAGAGUUCAACGGGAAAAUCGUGUUCGUCCGUGAAGAGGGAGAGUAGUAGUAAGCAGGAAAAGUGGCCAGAGACAUCACAUACAUUCAAUUCUCAAGUUAAAACGAGAAUUAAUCCUGAGCCUCAUAGGCUUUUUAACAGUUUUACAGCGGAAUCCAACAAAGAGGGUGGUGUUUGGGGUUUUGCAGCUGAAGCUAAGAAAAAUUUAGAUAUUUUUUCGAAAGAUUCAGCAGCAGCAACACCUCAACCAUCAACAAAUCCUCAGAGGAUUUUUGGGACAUUUACCGAGGAGGAGAGUGUAAUAAAACCUCCAAAGCAGAAAUCAAAAACAACAACAUCAACAACAGCAACAACAGCAACAACUCAAGGAAGUUUUCCUGGUCAACAAUCAUCCUUUGGGAAUACCAGUAGGAAUUCCCUGAAGCAGGAAUCAACAAAGGAACCUCAGAGGGUGGUUUUGAAAGAAACCCGUAGUACUUACAGGGAUUUUGCCAAGAGUUUGGCAGCUGAGAAACAGCAGGCUCAGCAGAAGCCUGAAGAAAAUCCAGCUGCUGCAAAUUCGAGGCAAACGACGCGAAAGCAAAAACGUGGUUCAACAAAUCGAGAAGAAGAAGAUAAUAAUGAUGAUGGGAAAGGGAUAGAUAAGGAGCAGACGCAGAUGACACCAAGUAAUCUUGUGAAAUCUGCUGUAAAUUCCAAGACAUUGGAACAUGAACGACGCUAUAUGUCACUCUUCAAUGAUAGCAAAUUAUUCAGUUUGGGUGGUGCAAACAGUGGUGGUAAUCAGAGGGAUAACGAGAACACCCCAUCACAAGCCACAAAUUCCACUACUGGACGUGGUGAAUCCCAAGCAGCCCAACAGCCAUACAUCAGUAAUCAGAAUUCAAUGGAGCAACAACCUCUUCCGCCGGGAGUCACGCAGAAGGAUGUGCAACUGUACAAGGAAAUCCGCGAGAAGGCUGUGGAAGUGGUGACGGAAGUGAUGAAUCCGGGCGGGAAGAUGAAUCUAGCUGUAGCUGGGAGUUCUCUAACGCCCAAGUACCUGAGUCCGCCAUCGAUGGCCAUUGUAGCGCAGGAGAGAUGUCCAGCAGCCAUUGAGUUUGGCCAGUGGGAGAUUGAUACAUGGUAUUCCAGUCCAUUUCCUCAGGAAUAUGCCAGGUUGCCCAAGCUCUUCCUGUGCGAAUUCUGCCUCAAGUAUACCAAGAGCAAAGCCGUCCUUGAGCGUCAUCAGGACAAAUGCAGUUGGCGUCAUCCACCAGGGACAGAAAUCUACCGAUGUGGGGAACUUUCUGUCUUUGAGGUGGAUGGAAAUGUCAACAAACUCUAUUGUCAGAAUCUCUGUCUCCUAGCUAAGCUAUUUCUCGAUCACAAAACUCUCUACUACGAUGUGGAACCUUUUCUAUUUUACGUCCUGACCAGAAAUGACCGAAAGGGUUGUCAUUUGGUAGGGUACUUUUCGAAAGAGAAGCACUGCCAGCAGAAGUACAAUGUGUCCUGCAUCAUGACAAUGCCACAGUAUCAGAGGCAGGGAUAUGGGAGAUUUCUCAUUGACUUCAGUUAUUUGUUGAGUCGAGAGGAGGGUCAACCAGGAACUCCAGAAAAGCCACUUUCAGACCUUGGAAGGGUGUCCUAUCAUGCUUACUGGAAGUCUGUGGUGCUUGAGUAUUUGCAUGCUAAUCAAGGAGAACCGUUCUCAAUCAAGAAAUUGGCCAAGGAUACAGGAAUGUGCAUUCCGGAUAUUGCAACAACUCUCAAUCUUUUGCACUUUGUCAAGCAGAUUCAGCGUGAAGAUGGUGAAAAGGCUCAAUCUGUUGUUGUGAUUGACUACAAAAAAGUCGAAGCGCAUCAUGAAAAGGUGUGCAAGAGCAAAUCGAGAAUUCCAAUUGAUAGUGAAUGUUUGAGGUGGACGCCUUUGUUGACACCUUCGGUCAAUCCAUUUCGUCUCGAUUCGGACGACAGCAGUGCAGCAGCAUCGCCGGAGAGGAAGAAGGAUGUCGAGAAGGUAGAUGGAGGAAAUGAAGAAGAAAUAAAAUCACAUCCAAUCUCAGUUGUUGCGGCUCUUCAAAGCAAUAUCAUUGACAACAGUGGAGUGAAGCUCAAACGAAGACGAUAUACGUCAACUGGCCAGAGAUUGCCAAAGACACCAAAGAAACCAGUUCAAGUGACUCCGGUUCCAGUACCGGUUCCGACUCCGGCUCCGACACCGGUUGCGCCGCCCAAAGAGAAGCCGCCGAAGGAAAAGCCUCAACCAACCCAAACACCUGAAUACCUCGAUACAACGUCAUCAGGGAGGAAGCGAACCCGUCCUAGCAAGUUUAAUGAAACAACUUUCCGGGAUAUCAGAUUCAAGUCAACGGAAACGGCAUCUGGAGGUGAUGAAGCACCAGAGGAAACGCCAAAACCUGCAAAAACAGUAGCUGGGAGCUCUUCCAGGAACAAAAGGCGUCUGUCAACUCCAGUUCAAGCAGCCGAAAGCAAUCGGGAACCGUCUCCGGAAAAGAAAAAGUCCCGCCCGUCGAAGAAGGAGCAGAAGGCAGCUGAAAAAGCAGAAAAAGCAGAAAAAGCUGCAAGAUUGGAAAAAUCAGAGAAAUCUGAGAAACCUGAGAAAGCUGAGAAGCCUGAAAAGGUUCAGAAGCCUGAAAAAGCUGAGAAGCCGGAAAAGGUCGAUAAACCGAUAAAAAAUGAAAAAGCGGAGAAAAGUGAGAAACCGGAGAAAAGAGAGAAGGUGGAAAAAAGUGAAAAACCUGAGAAAGUCGAAAGAACAGAAACCCCAACGCGAUCAAGUAGAUCGAGGAGUGAGGUGAAGAAAGCCUUAGUAGCUUCCAGUCAAGAAUCGGAUACUCCGUCGGAAAUGAGCGAAAGUUCUCUGCUUGGAGCAAGAUCACGACGAAUUAUGAACAAAACUCCAGCCCCUUCCAAUCGGGGUGUUCGGCAUUCGUUGAGGCAGGAAGCAAAAGAGGCCCAGAGUAAGAAGAAGGAGACUGAGAAGGAAGUACCUGAAGAGCCGCCGGCAAAAAAGAAACCGGAGAAGGUGAAGAAAGUGGAAGAGGAGAAGAUUGAAGUUAAAAGUCCUGUGACAGUCAAAAGGAAGCGAGAACCUCCAUCAGUGAAGGCUAUAAAGGUUCAUCAGAAGGAACAACCAACAACCAGUGAAGAUGAACAACCAGCAAAAAAGCAGAUAACCAUUCCGGAGAUGCUCAAGUCGAAGGAGGUCAAAAAGGAAGUGGUAGAAAGUAAGAAAAUUGAAGUUCGAGAAGAGGAAGUAAAAGAAGUAAAAGAACUAAAAGAGAAGAUCAAAGAGAAAGUGAAGGAGAAAUCUGUUGAAGUGAAAGCAAAGGAGACUCCGGAGAAAGUUGAAGAGGUCCCAAAGGAGAAGAAAAAACCCGUUCCAACUCCAAAAUUGAGAAGUAAGAAGAAGUUGAAGGAAGCAACAACUGAUUCAGCUUCUCAGGAAUCAUCAGCUGAAGCAGACGAUGAAAUGGAAGACAAAGAAGUCAAAGCUUCAACGAUAAAUUCACAGCAAAUAAAACAACCAACAAUCCCAGUCAUUCCUAUUGAUUCUGCUCCCGUGGAAGCACCCAAAAAUGUCCCAAAGAAAGAAAUUCCUCCGGAAAAAUCAAAGACUGAGACAAAAUCUCCUGAAAAGGUAAAAGUCGAGCUGAAGCCUGAAAAGGCACCUCCAGUUAUACCUCCAACAGCUGAAGUAUCUGUAUCUACGUUGAAUGCCAAGAAGGACUCUUCAGUUGAUCUUCAUGCUGAUGCUGUUGCAAAGAAAACAAAGAAACAGGUUAUGAGGGAUGUUCUGAAGCAGGAAAAAUCAUCUUCAUCCAGUUCGUCAAGUUCAUCAUCUUCUUCAUCUUCUUCGUCAUCAUCGUCAUCUUCAUCUUCAAAUAGUGGAUCAGAAAACAAUUCACAGAAAAGUUGCGAAGUUUCGAAGGAGAAAACUAAGAAAGAGAGGCCUGUUGAAAAGGUUGUCGAACUAGAGAAAUCUGUGAUUGUUGCAAAAACGAAUAAUACAAUAACUGAAUCCACUGUUGCCAUGGUAUCUGUCCCAAAGUCAGUGCCCAAACCUCUUGAAGUUCCAAAAGAAGAAAAGAGAGAUUCGUUGUCACCUGUGAAGAAGGAUCAACAAGAAAAAGUGCCAGUUAUCAAAGAAAGCAAGAAUAUUUCCGAGGACAGCAAGCCAGUAGAAGCGACAGCUCCUGAAAAUGCAACGAGUGUCCUCAAAGUCAAUGAGAAUUAUACAUCAAAGCCAUCAAGUCAGACUGAAACACGCCCUAAUGUGAUUGUUGAUCCUAUUCCUAUGGAUAUCGAAGUGGAGGAACCCCCAAAGGAAAUUCCAGCUAAGAAAGCAGAAGAGACGAAGGCGUCACCAGAAAAAUCAAAAUCCAAGGAAAUGGAAGAGUCACCGAAGAAAUCCAAAAGUUCCUCGAGGAAUAAAGACAACAAUGAUCCUAACAAGAUAGUUCUGUCAGAUUCAGAAUCAGAAACUGAGAUUGAUGGUCAAAAAAUUAAAAUCCUGAAGAAUCCACCUGAAGAUCUCGUGAAGAAUGUCAUUAAACAAGUCGAGACUGAAGUGACGACUAUAACAAAGGAAAUCAAGGAGAUGUCUGUGAUUAAGAUAAGCAAAGAACAGUCAGAAACUCCUGUUCCUGCAAUUGUAGUAUCGGAAGUUGUUGAAAAGAAAGAAGAACUUCCGCAGCCAAAAAACUCCUUGGAUGUUGCUAAAGCAGGUGGAGGGGGGAAGGUUGCAACAUGUGAACCACCACCACCUGGAGGUGGGGAAGCAAAGUCCACAAAUGGGAAUUCGGCAGAAACUCCGUCUUCUGUAGAAAAAGAACCUGAAAAACAACCUUCACAAGUUCCACAGAAGGAGCCUGAAAGUCUGUCUGAAGUUCGGAGAAUGUCUAAAGAUUCCCGUUCAACGCCAAAUGUCAAAGUUCCGAGUCAAGAAUCUGUGCAAACUGUGACAAAAAAGUCUCAGUCAACUGUUACUGAUUUCAAGAUGGAACACAAAUCUCAUAGUCGCAGCAAUAAUUUGGAAGUAAAGACUGAAACACGAUGUAAUCAGACAGAAUUGGGUGGGAAUCAACCGAGAAAGGAUGAUUCACCAAAUAAGAAAGAGCAUAAGACUUCAACGACAGUUAGUGUGACGAAUUCGUCGACAACAUCAACAACUAGUAGACAUCAACAGCAAACGGCAAACAAUACGAAGCCACAGCAGCAGGAGAGUGCAAAGAGUAGUGGGAGUUCAUCAAAUUCCUCAUCGUCUUCGUCGUCAUCUACGUCGUCAAACAGUAGUAGGCAAUCUUCGAAGCAACAAACUCAGCAGCAGCAGCAGCAACAACAACAACAGCAGUAUCAGCAACAACAUUCAACGCAGCAGAGUUUGCUAGAUCAGAAGGCGAUUGAGUUGAAUAAGAUGCAGUUUGCUACGAUGAAUUCUCUACCGAAUUACCAUACAACGCAUCCACAGUAUUGGCAAUGGGAAGCCUACUACCAGGGCUACAAUCCCCUGCCACAUUUGGAUCCGACAACACAAAAGUCCCCCAAUAAAUUCCAUAAAGAUUUGGCGUCAUCAAUGGCGUACAGUCAUGGAUUGCCACAGAAUCUCUAUCAGAACACACUGACGAUGCAACCACAACCUCCGCAGACGCAACACAUUGCUCCGCCAGUUGUUAAGGAGAAGUCACAGAGGAGUGAUAAGCAAAAGUCAUCGAAAUCGUCAAAAUCGGAGGAGAAAGCCUUUCAAGCGGGAAUGAUGCAGACAAAAGGACAGCAGUACAAUACAUCGGGAUCUCAUGGAAUGACGUCAAGUUCGUCAAAUACUUCGUCAAAGUCAAAGGGUCAUCAUCAAAAGACUGAAGAGAAGAAUGUGUCGGGGCAUAUGAGUCAAGCGAGUCAGGGACAGCAUCAGUCGGCUAUAAUGGUCAACCAGGAAACCAUGGGGAUCAAUUCAAUGCAUCAUCAACAUCAGAGUCAUCAGAUGAUGGGAAAGUCUGAAGAUCAACAACAUACAGAUGUCACUACUGUGACUUCUGACAUUAAGCAACAUACUCCCCCAGCUCCCGAUAUUCCAUCAAUGGGAGUCUAUACUCCGGAUUCGACAACAAAUUCUGUGCACAGUCUGCACUAUGGACAGUGCGAUAUUGAUGUUAGUCAGUUGGGAUUGGAAUCUCCAACUAGUACAAGUAGUGAUAUAGCCAGUCAGAAUUCCGUUGAGAAUGUCAGACCGCCGAGUGUUGUGCCACAGCAACAUAGUCAACAAGUACAGCAGUAUUCGGAUUGUUCGGUGCAUCAGCAUCAACAGCAGCAGCAUCAAUCAACACAGAUGCAACAGCAACAUAUCAGUAUGGUGCCGACAUCUAGUCCUCAGCAUCAGAUGGCAAUGGCAAUGGCUGCAAAUAUGGUACCGAGCCAAGGAAUGUCACAGUCACAAUCGCGAAAGAUGUCACAACAUCAUCAGCAGAGUCAGAGGAGUGGCGGAGGAGGAGGCAACAACAGGGCGUCAACGCCUAAGGUUAGUGCACAGCAUCACAGGAACACGUCAACUCCGGGAGCCAAUCAGAGACAGCAACACAGUGCAACGCCUCCGGUCAACAAUCAACAGAUGGCUAGUCCAAAUCAGGCACAGCAUCAACAACUACAACAUCAACAUCUCAAUCAACAAACGCAGCAGCAGCAGAAUUUGCAGCACAUGCAAUAUGGCCAUAUGCUGCAUGGACAUCAUCAGGCAAUGACGCCUCAGGGAAACUACAUUGGAGCUGCACAGAUGACCCAAAAUUUUCCAGCACAGUCUCCUAAUUCCUACGGAUCCAUGCCAACAGUCAUUCAGCAUCGGAUGUCCGGGAGUCAUGGAAACUUAACAGCUCACAAUCCACUGUCUAGUCCUCAACAGAGACUGGGCCCAUCGCCUUCGGCAUGUUCCGGCAACAAUUUCUACAUCCAAUCCCCAGGUGGGAAUGCUACUCACCAUCAGAGUCAUACGCCAGUUCCCCAGAUUGCCACUCCAACACCCUCAGCUACUCCAACUCCACAAAUGAGUGGCGGAGGUGGAGGAGGAGGAGGGGGAACAGCGGCCGUUGGGGCUCAAGGUGCAGGAAAUAUGUGUAGCCUGUCGAAGUUGCAGCAACUGACGAAUGGACUGGAGAUGAUUCAGCCGGGAGGAUGCAAUACACCACCAGCUGGAACUGUCAAUCUAACUCCACCUCCAAAUCACCAUCCACACGCAACAAUGACUCCGCCACCAACGCAUUUGGUUCAGCAGAAUCCCACCAGGAAUAUUUCAACCCCUCCAGCUUCACUGCAAACACAGAUGGCAGCAUCUCUCGGGUACCAUCAUAAGUACUAUCCGGGAAAUGUCAAUUCACCGUUGGGCGCUUCAGGGGGAGCGAAUAGUGGAGCAGCGGCAGCGGGUGGAGGUGGAGGGAGGACGUCCAGGAAUACAGCAUCGGCUCCAGUUCAGCAUAUGGCAGCUGCACCGAGUAGGGUGAGUCCGAAUGUGACUAUCAGUCCCAAUCUUAUGUCUCCGUAUGGAACUCUCAAUGGCUAUCGGAUGGCCGCUCAGCAAUCAGCCGGUUCUGUAGCCACUUACAUCACAAAUUCAGCAGCUGCUGCCGGUUUCAAUCCUCAAUUGCCCGUGCAGAUGAAUGUGAUGAAUAUGCAAUCUCAGUAUCAAGAUCCAGCUUCAAUUCAGCGAGCUGCUCAGCAGAAUUCCGUCUAUUCGCCGUACUAUAUAAGUUUGAAUGGGUCGAUGCGUCGGUAGAGUACGAGAUCGUCACCCAGCUGUUCUGGCUGGGUGACCAAAACUGAGCCACAGGAUGUGGACAAUGACGAAGAGGACAAUGAUUACUAUGACUAAUAGACACACAUUCCAGCGUUUGGCAAAAGAGAAUCAAAAGUAUAUAAUGUUUAUAGAAGAAGAAAAAAAAGAGAAGAAAAUUAAUUGAGAAGGUGAAGAAAGAAUGUGAAGGAGAAACUCACUCAAGAGUGUUGCACACAUUGAAAGUCAUUAAGUCGCUCGCGCCGUAAGUAAUUUUUUUUAAAUUCUAUAUUGCAAGUGUUGUGUAUAUAUUUUUUUUUUAAUUUAAAAAACUAUUUUUUUGUGAAGAUAAUUCUGUACACUAUUGGAUUAUUUCUACUUAUUAUUGCUCAUUUUUUUUAAUAACCCUCCUAUUAUUAUUAUUAUAUUAUUAUUACUGAUGUGGAAUUUGACAGGUGAAAGAUUGAGGAUCAGAGCGAAUUUCUCCUAUUCGAUAUUCCUUUUGUGGAAUUUGUGUUAUUUACGUGUAGUUACGGAUUUACUUUAGUAAUUGACAUUGUGUUGUUUUUUUUUUUUAUUGAUUAAAUUAUUACCAAAAUGAAA